AUGAAUAUGAACCAAGACUGGGACCUUAUAGUUGACGAGCCUGCAGAAGAGAGUAUAUACUCUCAGCUACUUCCAUCCUCACUCAAGGAAGUCUGGGAUGAUAACGACUUAAUCCGUCCAGAUGUCCCAAAGAGUCCAAAUCCUAUGUUCGAUGGUGGAUUUCCCGAGCUCGGCAGCCCAACAAAGCAUUCACGUCCAUUUCCUUUUGCAGAAUCAGCUCCAGCUUUGUCUUUUAUGGAAGAUACUGAAGGCGCUGUUCCAACUCUUGAACCAGAAAUCAACACAUCCAUAAUACCAUCAGCAAAGUCUAAAUACCAUUAUUACAAUGUUCAGUUUCAUCCAAAUCGCAUUGAAUUAUACAAAUGGACUCAGGAAGAACCCCUCGAAUUAAAUAGCUACGUAGUAACAGAAGCAGACCGCGGAUUUGAUAUUGGCCAGAUCGUAGAAGAGCUAAAGCAUCCACAGACAAAAGAUGCUAAAGCAUGCAAGUCUAUUGUCCGCCCAGCUUCUCAUCAUGAAAUUUCACAGCUACCAUUAAAAGCAGAGCGUGAGCGCAGAGCUCAGGAGCUUUGUCAGGCAAAAGCCAGAGAAUUGGGACUUCCGAUGUCUAUCACCGGAGCUUCAUUCCAGUUCGACAGUAAGAAACUUACAUUUUACUUUACAUCAACAGAAUAUGUUGAUUUUAGAAGCCUUGUGCGUGUUUUGUUCAAGACAUUUGGAAUGCGUAUUUGGAUGGUUUGGCAUGAUGGAAAUGCUCCCAUCCGUGAUGUUCUCCAGCGUAAUGAGCAUAAAUAA